GACUUGUCACACUUCUCUUCAAAUUCUUCUCUAAUCCAAGUGCUGUCUCCACCUUGGAAGAAUACACAUCUGUCAGGUCUAUCUCUAUAAUCCAUCUUCACAACUGUUCAUCACCCUUCCACUCGGUACACUCCCAUCUACUCGCUUAUUCACCCCCUCCCCCCCGUCAGCGCCUUCCACUCACCCUCAUCAUGGCUCAACACAUGGCAAAGUUUACCUGGGGUACGGGUCCCCAAUCUGUUCACGUGGCUGGCGGUUUCAAUAAUUGGUCAGAUACCGCAACUCCUUUGCAUAAACAAGCAGAUGGGAGUUUUGCAGCUGAUAUUCCCUUGCCUUGGGGAGAGAAACAGGCUUUUAAAUAUGUUGUUGAUGGUGAAUGGAAAGUCCGAGAAGACGAGGCGAAAGAAUGGGAUGCCGCGGGCAACAUGAAUAAUGUCUAUACCGCCCCCGCUCAAUCCACCGCUUCUCUCGUCUCCACCGCUCCCACCUCCGAGCCUCCAGCUGUCCCUCCAAAGACUGUAUCCGACACGGCCCCUACCACCGCUCCAACCACACGACCCGCCGAUUUAUUGGCGGCAGCAGCACCCGGAGCUGCCUCACCAGGAACUUACACCCUCGGACCAAUCUCCUCUUCCAGUCCAAAAGCCAGCAAAAUAGAUUCGAUUGAGGAACCUCCUGCCGCUACCAGCGCUACGACGAUCGAACCUGUCCCUGAACAAAUGGAGAAGGUAGCUGCUGCUGCUCCUGUUGGUGAUGCCGCCGUGGCGGAUCAGAAAGGGGUUUUACAGACUGCUGCCGAGUAUGGAGCAGGAGCAGCGGCUGUUAUCGGUGCGGCUGUGGGGACUGCUACUGCAGCAGUGGAGAAAGUGACGGAGAGCGCUGCUGUGGCUGUUGAAAAAGUUACCGGGUUGGAUUUGACACAAACACAACCGAUCUCGGUCGAAGAGGCUCAAGCGAAAGGCAUCGAUAUAUCCAGUCUAGAAACGAAAACGGCUGAGCCCGGUGUCGCAGAAUCGUCAGUCAGCAAACCUUCCGCGGCAGCCAUCAACGACCUGGACGAGAAGAUUCAAGAGCUUAAAGUGAACACUGAGGCAAAUGGCAACAGCGACCCCUACCCCAAUCAACCUGCUCCGGUGGAGACCCUCGAGAAGAGCGGACACGACAUACCUGCACAGAACGAGACUACUGCCAAUCACACCACUGUCCCCAUGCCGUCUAUCGUCACGAUCGGCGAACGUGAUCCAGCUAAGGACCGAUCCGCCGACACAGGCAUCACUUCCGACAACGCUGGUGCCAAACCCAUCUCGACCAAUCCAGGUGUCAGCGCGGAAGCUGAGAAAGCUAAAGCCGAGGCGACACCCGAACGGGUAACCGCCGUUCCGACCGUCACUCCUCCUCACGCAGAGGUGACGCCUCCAAAGACACCUGCGAAGGAUGACGUAGGGAGUGCGCCUAGUACUCCCUCCAAAACUCCUGGUUCCGGACAUGGGAAAGAAGCGACUGGUGCUUCUGCUACGAAACGGAAGUCGGGUCUGUUCAGCAAGAUCAAACACGCUUUCAGUUCUCCAAAAGAAAAGAAAUAGUGUUCUGUAGGUUGAAGGCAAUGGAGAUGGUAUGAAAGUUGUGAUCUAUCGAAUUUGUGCACAGGCGAAGUGAGGGGAGCUUUGAGGAAGUCUUGAACACUUGGAAAACUAAUUUAUACUUUUUGUGCUGCUUUAGAAUGCGACAUGUGUUUUUGAUCUUUG